AUGACGCCAACAUACAAACGCCUCUCCACCUCCUGCCAACAACUCAUCCACCAAACUCCCCCCAACUUCCCCUCACCCUCAAUUCUCAUCCGAUCGUGCCUAGCAGACCCAGAUCUCCUCCCAGCAAUCAUCAACCACAAAUGCAACAAUGUAAUCCUCACGCCCAGCGGUCUAUACUUCGACAUGGCCAUUACGGUAGCCAAAUACCUCCUUGAAGAAAAUCCCUCCUCUCUCAACAUCAAAGAUCAACAUCUUCUUCUCCCAAAAGGCAUCAAUGUCCGGGAUAUGCAAGUCCAUAAACCUCUUAUUGUGCAAGAUGUCUCUCGGAUUUCGGAAUGCUGGAUUGAGAUGGAAACCACUAUAUCCUUUUCUCCCACCACCUUAACUCCAGAGUCACAAGAAGAAGAAGGAAAAGGAGAAGAAGCCAGCACCACCACCAAAACCCCCACCCUAACCUGUACAUUCCACACCAUAACCCCCACAGGAACCCGCCUCCAAACCACAGGCCACUGCACCAUCAACUUCGAAUCCCCCACCCYCUGGCAUUCCACCUGGUCCUCCCCUCACAUAACCCCCACCAUCCAAUCCCUAAUCGACACCCUCCUAACCCGCGCCCACAAAGAAACCACAGGUCAGAUCCGCCUGGUACAAUCCGCCCAAGCCUACGAAAUAUUCCAGACAUUUGUCCAAUAUACCGGUCCCUAUCAAACCAUGUCCGAAACCAUCUUCUCCCUCGAAGAAGGAGAAGGAAAUCUCGAAGCAACAUCUCUCCUAAAUUUCACCGGCCUGAUCAAGAAUUUCCCAAAAGAAGAAGUCCGAGGUCCGUUCUUAUGGGAUGCAAGUUGUCAUAUUAGUGGAUUUGUAUGUAAUGCCGUGGAAAAAGAUCGUUUGAAAAAUGCGUUCAUUUCGUAUGGAGUCGGGAGUAUGAAAAUUAGUGAUAAAUUUACGCCUUGGAGGGAAGGCGUGACAGUGAGGAAUUAUGUGAGGAUGGAGAAAGUUGUGGGGGAUGAGACGGUUUUGGAAGGGAAUGUGUAUAUUUUGCAGGAUGGGGUCAUUGUGGGGGUUUGGGAGCGGGUGAGGUUUAAGAGGAUUCCGAGGAGGGUGUUGAAUGUGUUUUUGCCGCCGGGGAAGAAGGGAUAG